GACGUGGGUGCUUCCUGUCGGCCAUCUUUAUCCCUGGCAAAGGGGGUUUUGCGCAGUGGCUGAGGCCGCCCAGAAAGAUUCCGUACCGGGCAGAAGCCCUCGUCCCGCUUGCCGCCUUGUCCCUUCUCGCCUCUCCUUGCUUCUCCUCGUUUCGCCUCGCCCCGCCUCGCCUCUUCUCGCCGGUAUACCUUAAGAAGCUACAAAAAUGACUGACUCCAAGUACUUCACGACCAAUAAGAAAGGAGAGAUCUUUGAACUGAAGGCAGAGCUCAACAAUGAAAAGAAGGAGAAAAGGAAAGAAGCUGUCAAGAAAGUGAUUGCAGCCAUGACAGUGGGGAAGGAUGUCAGCUCUCUCUUUCCAGAUGUGGUGAAUUGUAUGCAGACGGAUAACCUGGAGCUCAAGAAGCUUGUCUAUCUGUAUCUGAUGAACUACGCCAAGAGUCAGCCAGAUAUGGCCAUCAUGGCUGUCAACAGCUUUGUGAAGGAUUGUGAAGACCCUAACCCCUUAAUCCGUGCUCUGGCAGUCAGGACUAUGGGAUGUAUUCGGGUAGACAAGAUCACAGAGUAUCUGUGUGAGCCACUUCGCAAGUGUUUAAAGGAUGAAGAUCCUUAUGUCCGAAAAACCGCAGCAGUCUGUGUGGCCAAGCUGCAUGACAUCAACGCCCAGAUGGUGGAAGAUCAAGGCUUCUUGGAUUCUCUUCGGGAUCUCAUUGCAGACUCAAAUCCCAUGGUGGUUGCUAAUGCUGUGGCAGCCUUAUCAGAAAUCAGUGAGUCUCACCCAAAUAGCAACCUGCUCGAUCUGAACCCUCAGAACAUUAAUAAGCUGUUAACAGCCCUGAAUGAGUGCACCGAAUGGGGCCAAAUCUUCAUCUUAGACUGCCUGUCCAAUUACAACCCCAAGGAUGAUCGGGAGGCUCAGAGUAUCUGUGAGCGGGUGACUCCUAGGCUCUCUCAUGCCAACUCGGCUGUGGUUCUGUCAGCUGUGAAAGUCCUGAUGAAGUUCUUGGAGUUACUGCCCAAAGACUCGGACUACUACAACAUGUUGCUGAGGAAGCUGGCUCCCCCCCUGGUAACUCUGCUCUCCGGGGAGCCCGAGGUGCAGUACGUCGCCCUGAGGAACAUCAACCUCAUUGUACAGAAAAGGCCUGAAAUCUUAAAACAAGAGAUCAAAGUCUUCUUCGUGAAGUACAACGACCCCAUAUAUGUCAAAUUGGAAAAGCUCGACAUCAUGAUCCGUUUGGCGUCCCAAGCCAACAUUGCCCAGGUCCUGGCAGAGCUAAAGGAAUAUGCCACUGAGGUAGACGUUGAUUUUGUCCGUAAGGCUGUGCGAGCCAUUGGUCGAUGUGCCAUUAAAGUUGAGCAAUCUGCCGAGCGCUGUGUGAGCACGUUGCUGGACCUUAUCCAGACCAAAGUCAAUUACGUGGUUCAGGAGGCCAUCGUUGUCAUCAGGGACAUCUUCCGCAAAUAUCCCAACAAGUAUGAAAGUAUUAUUGCUACUCUCUGUGAGAACCUUGAUUCCCUGGAUGAGCCAGAUGCUCGAGCUGCCAUGAUUUGGAUUGUAGGAGAAUAUGCUGAGAGAAUUGAUAAUGCAGAUGAGCUCCUGGAGAGUUUCCUGGAGGGCUUCCAUGAUGAGAGUACCCAGGUGCAACUAACUCUGCUCACAGCAAUAGUGAAGCUGUUUCUGAAGAAACCCUCAGAAACUCAAGAACUGGUCCAGCAGGUCUUGAGCUUGGCAACUCAGGAUUCUGAUAAUCCUGACCUUCGGGAUCGAGGCUAUAUCUACUGGCGCCUUCUUUCCACGGAUCCUGUGACAGCCAAAGAAGUAGUUUUAUCUGAAAAGCCCCUGAUCUCUGAGGAGACAGACCUGAUUGAGCCUACCCUCUUGGAUGAGCUGAUCUGUCACAUCGGUUCUUUGGCCUCCGUAUAUCAUAAACCUCCCAAUGCUUUUGUCGAGGGGAGCCAUGGGAUCCACCGUAAACACUUACCCAUUCAUCAUGGGAGCACUGAUGCUGGAGACAGUCCUGUUGGCACCACCGCCACGACCAAUCUGGAACAGCCUCAAGUCAUCCCUUCUCAAGGUGACCUGCUGGGUGACCUUCUGAACCUUGAUCUGGGGCCCCCUGUCAAUGUGCCACAGGUUUCCUCUAUGCAGAUGGGGGCCGUCGACCUCUUAGGAGGCGGCUUGGACAGUCUGCUUGGCAGUGACCUUGGCGGGGGCAUUGGAGGAAGUCCGGCAGUGGGACAGUCCUUCAUUCCAUCCUCGGUGCCUGCAACGUUCGCCCCGUCUCCUACUCCUGCUGUGGUUAGCAGUGGACUCAAUGACCUCUUUGAACUCUCCACUGGGAUAGGCCUGGCACCUGGAGGGUUUGUGGCUCCCAAAGCUGUUUGGCUCCCUGCAGUAAAAGCAAAAGGCCUGGAGAUUUCAGGAACAUUCACUCACCGGCAGGGCCACAUCUACAUGGACAUGAACUUCACCAACAAAGCAUUGCAGCACAUGACAGAUUUUGCUAUUCAAUUUAACAAGAACAGCUUUGGGGUCAUCCCUAGCACUCCUUUGGCUAUCCACACUCCGCUGAUGCCGAACCAGAGCAUUGAUGUGUCCCUUCCCCUCAAUACCUUGGGUCCAGUUAUGAAGAUGGAACCGCUCAAUAACCUGCAGGUGGCUGUAAAAAAUAACAUUGACGUCUUCUACUUCAGCUGCCUCAUCCCACUCAACGUGCUCUUUGUAGAGGAUGGAAAAAUGGAGCGCCAGGUCUUCCUUGCAACGUGGAAGGACAUUCCCAACGAGAAUGAGCUGCAGUUCCAGAUUAAGGAAUGCCACUUGAAUGCUGACACUGUUUCCAGCAAACUGCAAAACAACAAUGUUUAUACUAUUGCCAAGAGAAAUGUGGAAGGGCAGGACAUGCUGUACCAGUCCCUGAAACUCACUAAUGGCAUUUGGAUACUGGCGGAGCUCCGUAUCCAGCCAGGAAAUCCUAACUACACGCUGUCUCUGAAGUGUCGAGCUCCUGAAGUCUCCCAGUACAUCUACCAAGUCUAUGAUGGAAUUUUGAAAAACUAAAAGACUAAUGGAGGCUCCUUACCGCCCCUGCCAUCUGUGCAGAACUAAGAACUCUUUAACUGGAAGCAAUUGUGUUGAUGUGUAGACUCUUGAGUCCAAACCACCCUGACCCACCAAGGUAGUGAAUAGUGUACUAAUGUGUACUAAUGUUAGGACACAACCCUCUGGAUAGUUUUACCUGCCCACAAAAGUCUGUAAGCCCUGCUACAGCCACUCCCAGCCUCCAUCACCUGUGAGCUUCUCCAUCCUGUGCCAAUGGCUAGUGUUUUCUAAACCUGCGUUAGGGCCUAGUGUGUUAUUUUGUAAUCGAAAACUUACUUCAAAAAUCCAAAAAAAGAAAAAAAAAGGGGAAAAAACCUGUUUAUUAAAACAAGGAAACGUAUCAUCGAA